GACUGCCUUCUCGCGCGCUUUCCUCGCCUCUUCCCUCCUCACGCACCCUCUCGUUUCGCUUGCACUUACAACGUCCGUUUUGCUCAUUUACUUGUGUUGUUGAAGAUUUCGAAGCUUCUGGGGUGGUUUUUGUAGCACACUUGGGUGUUGGGUGAGGAGAUUUUUUGUGGGGAGACGUCGCAUUGUGGAUUGGCGGCUCCGAUUUGGACAUGGUUUGUUCUUGUCCUCGGUGGAAGCGCUGCUGCUGCUGCCGCCAUUGUAGUAGUGCAGUCAUAGGCUGUGGCGAAGCUGAGUUGAAGUAGACGUGUUGGUUUCUGCGAGAGAUCAUUUACUCGGGAGGUAGAGGCUUUAUCGUUAUUUAAGGAUGAUGGUACUUAUGUUAUCGAUGAGGAUAUGAUACAUGGAGGAGAUGUUGUACCUGAUGGUUGUGGCAUCACACUAGUCUAUAUUCCGAGUAUCAUAUGGUGCAUUACAUGAAUUGCUGAACUUUAGUCUUAGGACUUCCUUUCGGUAGUAUAGGAGGGGCCCCAGUCAUUGAAAGCGUUCCUCGACUUUGAAUGCGCCCCGAAGAAGUAGAUGUAGGAGGGAUGUCAGACGUAGAUCACCUCGUGCAUGGCCAAUCUCUUCAGUUACAUCACAACAUCCACCAGCACAGUUUGGACCAUGCAUUAGGUCACGCACAGCAUGGCAUGCAUGAGAUGCACGUGCAUGGCCAUGGUCAUGGCGAAGCGGACGUACAGGGUAGAGUGGACCAACGAGUCCAGAGGCACCUAGAAGGGGAUCAUGUUCAUGGUCAUAAUGGUCAUCAUGGACACGGGCAUGGUAUGCAUCACAAUGAGGAGAAUGGAGCAGGAGUUGAAGAUCAUGACGAUGAUGCUGGAGAUGAGGAAGGUCUAGAUGAGGCUGAAAUGCACUCUGAUGGCGGUGGCAAUCCUGGUGACGCUCCCCCGGCCCUGGCUAUACGCACCCAGGGCUCCACACAGCUUACUUUAUCUUAUCAAGGUGAAGUCUAUGUGUUUGAUGCGGUGCCCCCUGAGAAGGUUCAGGCUGUGCUGCUUUUAUUGGGUGGCCGAGAGAUACCUCCAGGCAUGUCAGGUGGCAAUGUUUCCAGCCAUCAUCAUCACAAGGGAAUGCCGGAAUUGCCUUCGAGAAUGAACAUGCCACAACGGUUGGCAUCAUUGACAAGAUUUCGGGAGAAGCGCAAAGAGCGGUGUUAUGAUAAGAAAAUUCGUUACACUGUUCGUAAAGAAGUUGCUCAAAGGAUGCAGCGCAAGAAAGGCCAAUUUGCGUCUUCACGGCCAACUCAGGAAGAGGGCUCCCCUGUUUCAAACUGGGAUGGUACCCAAGCCUCGGGACAACCUUUGGGACCGGGAGUUCAACCAGAAGUAUCCUGUGUUCAUUGUGGAAUUGGAGAGCGGUCCACUCCAAUGAUGCGGCGAGGACCAGCUGGGCCUCGGACGUUAUGUAAUGCUUGUGGCCUUAUGUGGGCUAACAAGGGUGUAUUGAGGGAUCUGUCUAAGAACCUUCCAAUGACUGCUGGGGGGCAGCAGCAGCUAAUGUUGCAUCCACAGCAAGAUACAGAUCUUUCUGCAGCAACAGCAGGACCAAGUGGGGGGCUUGCAGCAUAGCCUAGAGAAUGUCUCUCAAGUGGCGGAUGUACAGAUGGGAAUCCAACAGAGGGAAGUGGACGAACAGAAGAGCAUGGCAAGCAUGGUAGCAGUUGGUGGAGGUCCUGUUGUUGCAGCUGGGUAGCUCCCACGUGUUUGCCGUACACUUCGAAUCUUCAUCAUUAUCCAUUGAUUGUAUUUUUUAUUUUUUAUUUUUAAAACUUAUUUUUGUUUUGUUGAUGCCCAUGGGAGUCUUGUGAGUGCUUGCAUAUGUCGGAAAAAUGGCAGUGCAGUGGCUGCUGCCUAUUUAACAUACAGAAAGUACACGAGGCUUGUGACGUUGUUUUGCUCCUGCAUUCGGGAAAAGCUUUCACAGACGUAGUGCUGCCGGUUUCAUCUAAACUUUAAAACUCGGGAGCAGUUUAUCUGGAUGAGAUUUAUGAUGGGUUGAGCCAGGAUUCGUAAUCUUUUGCAUAGCUAUCCAUUGCCCUUCCAUGGGUGUCUUAAAUUGUUGGCAAAAAGUAGGUGAUUUACGCUCUUAUUGGACACAAACAUUUCAAAGCUCCCUUAUCUAUCUGGGACCUGUGCAUUGGCUGUCUUCCGGGGGUUUUCACAUAUUCUUGCUCUGCACUUAACAUUUUAGCACUUUUGAGAAUUGUCCAAGUUGUGAAGUGCUUCAUACAUCAGACCAAAUAUUUUAUGCUUCUUCAUACAGCUUCGCUGAGGGUUUAAAAGUGCUAAGGAAUCUCCUCAGAUGAGCCGCUUGGUUAGUUAAUUUACCUUUUCCUUAUUUAUCAUUUACUGCUCAUGUUUUACCAUUUUAAUAUUUCGUUUGCUGUAUCUUGUGUGAUCUUGUAGAUUAGUUGAAACAUUCAAGCAUGUACUAGUUUAUAUUUGAAUACCAACAGCUUGGCUUUCAGAA